GGCGCCAUGCGGCCGUCGGGGCCCGCGCUCCUGCUGCUGGGCCUGGGCUACCUCCUCGCCGCCCCCGAGCCCGACCCGUGGGGCUUCUCCUGGUCCGAAGUGGUCAUCCCCCGGAGGCUGACCCCCCGCCUCGGGGAGGCCCAGGAGCCCGGCCGGCUGACCUACCUGCUGCCCCUCGACGGCCGGAGGCACGUGCUGCACCUGCGGCCCAAGCAGCUGCUGCUGCCCCGCCGCCUGCCCGUCUUCACCUUCACGGCCCGGGGCGAGCUGGUGGAGGAGCAGCCCCCCGUGCCCCACGACUGCUACUACCGCGGGGCCGUGGAGGGCGCCCCGGACUCCCUGGCCACCUUCAGCACCUGCUUCCGGGGUCUCUGGGGGAUGCUGCGGCUGCACGGCCGCCUCUACCAGGUGGAGCCCCUGCCGGCCUCCGCCACCUUCGAGCACCGGGUGUCCCGGCUGGUCGACCGGCCGCUGAGCAACCUGACCUGCGGCCUCACCGACAAGGAGAUCGCCCGCCAGGCGACCCGGUUCCGGCCGCCGGCCCCCUUCCGACGGGUCGACUGGCACGACUCCUACAUACACUCCAAGUACGUGGAGCUGGCCGUGGCGGUGGACAACACCAGGUACAGAUUCAGGAAAAGCAAUUUAUCCGCAGUCAUCCGGGACACAAUUAUCCUGGUGAAUUUUGCAGACUCACACUUUCAGGAGCUGAAAGCUCGAAUCUUUUUGAAAGCCCUGGAGGUCUGGACAGACCGUGACAAAGUGAAUGUGAGGCAUCCAGAGUUAUUGCGAAUACUUGAAGAAUUUUUACCUUACCAGGAAAAUAACAUAUAUCCCCGUGUCCAACAAGACCUUGCACAUUUGUUUGUGUUGAAGAUUUUUCCCGAUGCUUUGGGGUGGGCUUAUCGUAGCAGUGUCUGUGAUGCAAAAUGGAUGGGAUCCAUAUCCAGUCUGCCGGGCAAAUUCCUGUUUGAGCCUUCACUGUGGUUCACCCAUGAAUUGGGACACGGCUGUGGCAUGGCCCAUGAUGACGAGUAUUGUACAUGCAAAGGAUUAACGUGUAUCAUGAAAUCUGCUGGCCUCCGUCUUGGUGGUUUUAGUAAUUGCAGUUUCGCUGAUUUUUUCUUCACAAGCCGGUUUGCCUCCUGUCUCAAUAAUAUUCCAGGACAGUUUCUGGUAGUAAAGACAUGUGGUAACAAAGUGGUGGAAUGGGGAGAGGAAUGUGACUGUGGAUCAGAGAGGGAGUGUGAGAAAGACGCUUGUUGCCUGUCAAACUGCAGGUUGAGCCCUGAUGCAGAGUGUGCUUCUGGACUGUGCUGCAAAGGAUGCCAAUUUGUUCCAGCCAGAAAGGUCUGUAGGCCAAGGCAAAGUGAAUGUGAUCUCGACGAGUUCUGCAAUGGGACCUCAAGUGUGUGCCCAGAAGAUGUGUACAAGCAGGAUGGGACCCCGUGUAGUGGCGGUGCCAUCUGUUACCAUGGCGGUUGUCGUUCCCACCUUCGGCAGUGCAGAGCCCUUUUUGGUAAAGAAGCCGUGGAUGCUCCAUUACUGUGUUAUGAGGAGGUGAAUGGAUAUGUUGACCGAUUUGGGAACUGUGGGUUAGAGCAAAACCUUUAUAAAAAAUGUGCAGUACGUGAUAUGUUGUGUGGAAGAGUGCAGUGCGUCAAUGUGAAGAUGAUUCCUUCAAUGCCAGACCACACAUCAGUCAUUCAGUCUCAUGCGAAAGCUAGCAAUACCAUGUGCUGGGGGACAGACUACCAUGUAUCAAUGCACACGAUGAAAAUCGCUGACAUUGGGGAUGUCAAAGACGGCAGCUUCUGCGGCCUUGGCUUGAUAUGCAUUAACAGGACCUGCCUCAAUGUGUCCCUCCUGAAUUAUGACUGUGAACCUGAAAAGUGUAACCAUCGAGGGGUGUGCAACAACAAGAGAAACUGCCACUGCGAUUAUGGCUGGGCCCCUCCAUUCUGUGAGACCCCUGGGGACGGGGGGAGCAUUGACAGCGGCCCUCCAGGUAAACCAGUUGCUGCAACAACGUUUCAAGUUUGGCCCAUUUGCAUUCUCCGGAUCAUUGUUUUUGUUGCCUCUUUGAUUCUGGCAUCGACGAAGUUGAUGAAAACUGAAGAGAAAGCACCUUUAAAAGAAAUGGAAAAGAAAUCCAAGAAAAGGCUGCAAUCAAAGUUCUCUAGGAAAUUUAGGGAAAGGGUAACAUUUUUCAGGUAAAUGUUUGUUUUCCCUAGUAAGCUAAUGGAGAUGCUGCAACAAGCCAAUAUUACUUCUGUGACAAUCAUAUUGAGAGUUUAAUCUGUAGAAUUUUUAAAAGCUGUGCCUCAUGGUUCUCUCAGAAAGUGAAAGUAAAUUUUUCGUAGUGA